AUGCCAGCGCCUGCAGGACCACUAGCCGUAGUGAACGCAGCGUUUCAACUCGGCAGUGUGCUUAACGCAACGAGCACCAUCGAACAGACGUACGUCAACUGGACAUGUCCUCUGGGGUUCGACAGCAAACUCGGAGUGUGUUGGACGCAGUGUCCGUAUAUGUAUCCGGUUGAAUGUGGCCUCGAGUGCAUCCGGCAGGGUGAUGGUUGCGGGAUGGAAGUUUUCUACAAAGUUGCAGUCGUGGUGCAAAAUGCGAUCUCGCUAUCCGCGUGGAGUCUUUACGGCGAUAUGACCAAAUGGGCAAAGAAUAUUCAGGUCGCGGUCAAGUGCGUCAAGUAUAUGAUCAGUCUCACCAAGUCUCUGGUCCGAUACAUUCGCUACAUCAAAAUUCACGACCCCGACACGUCUCAAGAAGAGCUUCUUGCGAUCCUGUACCAGAUCGACAAUGUGGUGAUCGACAUUCCCGUGACGAUUUCCUACUGUGUCGGCAGCAAAGUGUCUGACGAUGUCAAGUUCGCGGACAUGGUGCUCACGACUGCAGAGUACAUAUUGAAAGAAAUCCUUUACAGCGGGGACAUCAUUCUGUCAAGCUGGAGCUCGUUCACAAAAUUUAUGAAGAAAAUCGCGCUAGGAGAGUCGAUCUCCGAGUUAAAAAAGACGGAAAUUACGUCGCUCAAGUCUGCACUCAAGUCGAACACAACUUGUGGCUACGACUUGAAGCGUCUACUGGAUCGUACGUGGAUGACCGUGGCAGAGCUACGUUCACUUAAUCCAGACAUCUCCGAGGAUGACAUUCGAGUUAUUAUGAGUCAGUCGAACCUCAUGCAGAACGAUAUUCCUAUCGCGACGAACAACUGCAUGAGCGAGUUAUUGGAGCAAUCGGACGAGGGUUCUGCAUACGCCACCCGUGAAACUCUGCGAAAGACUUUUGUUGCCAUUGUAGACGACUUGAUCAGCGCCGGGACGAGCGACAAUGGCACUUUUCUUAAUUUUGGAGAAUAUGCGUUCAAGAUUGCAGACAGAGCGAUUUCGUUUUGGUCCAUUUGGGAUCCGUUUUACAUUUCGUCUGUAAUUGCCGAGUUCGUUCAACCCAUUUGCGGUCCCACAGAGCUCAUUGGAGAGAUUGACGAUGGUAAUGUGAAGAAGGCACUAGGAAUGUCGAUUCUUCAGAAAGCCUUCAAGAACAGUGACGGCAUGUGGACGAAAAAUGGUGACGGCACUGUCACCAUUGCGUUUAAGAGCGUUGAUACGGAAGACGUGCGUGUUAAUAUCAAGUCUGGUGGUGACAAAGUUGCCGAAGUGCCGGUUCCAGCGGGUGAAACUGUAAUUUGGAAGUCAAAUGUGACGGUGCUGGGAGGGAAGACGCUGUAUCUGGAUCGGUGGCGUCCAGGUUUCCUGGGUCUCCCGGGUACCGGAGGUGGCUCGCUACUGUUGUGGAUACCUCGAUCAACUAAUGGAGGCACUUUGGAACUUACGGCAAUGUUAAACAUUAGUUGA